AUGGCCGGCGGCGAACAUUUGGAUAGGGUGCUCAAGGCUAUGAAUUCCACCACCAUUACCACCCUUAAUCACAGCUUCGACAGCGGAGGCAAGCCGCGUAUCCAGAAGGUCCCCGCCUUCCUCCGUAGCAUCCAGAACGCCGACCGGCUCUACUCUCCGGACAUCAUCGCCAUCGGCCCGUGCCACCGCGGCAAGGAGCAGCUGCAAGGCAUGGAGGACAUCAAGAAGAUGGCUGCGAUGGAGUUCUGCUGCACCACUCAGCACCAGAUCCAGGCUUUCUACCGUAAUGUCCGGGCGGUGAUCGUCCAAGCCCGGGAGUCCUACGCCGAAGACCUCAGCGCCUUCAACGACGACCAGUUCACGGAGAUGAUGUUCUACGACGGCUGCUUCCUCCUCCAGUUCAUGACGAUGGUGGCGCUGGACCGCGGCCCGCCGCUCCAGUGGAAGAUGCCCAACCUCAGCGAGAACUGGGUGCGGCGCAUCUCACGCGACAUCCUGCUCGUGGAGAACCAGGUCCCUUGGGUGGUGCUGGAGGCCCUGAUGCGGCUCAAGCACGUCCUCGUCGACCGCUACAUCGCGGACGCCAUCCGCAACUUCGACGUGCAGUGGGCGAAGCCGCAGAUGGACUUCGAGGGCGCCGACAAGUACAAGCCGUUCCACCUCCUCGACCUGGUCCGGCACCGCCAGCUCGGCCCCUUGAGCAAAGCCAAGCUGGACGAGGCCCCGAGGCCGAUGCUCAACAUCUGCUCGGCCCUGGAGCUCGCCGAGGUCGGCAUCAAGCUCAGCGCCAGCAAGACGGCGCGGUUCGCCGACAUCGGCGUGGGCAAGAGCCCCAUCUUCGGGAAGCUCCGGCUCCCGCCGGUGUACCUCGGCGAGCUGACCAUGUGCUGGCUGACCAACAUGGCGGCGUUCGAGAUGCUGCAGGGCGGGACGUCGGACUACGGCGUCAGCUCGUACGUGCAGAUCAUGUCGGUGCUCAUGAACCGCGAGGACGACGUGCGGGAGCUCCGCACCAAGCGCAUUCUCUACCCGGUGCUCAGCGACCUGGAGACGCUCAACUUCUUCAAGUCCAUCUCCCCGUUUCUGCCAUAUGGGAGCCAGUAUUUCCGCAUCCUGCAGCAGCUCAGCGAUUACCACCAGGACCGGAGGGCGAGGGUCACUCUCCACAAGCUACUGUACAACAACCUCAAGUACAUCCUUACGGCCGGCUCCGCCCUCGGCUUUCUCAUUCCUAUCCUUAGAGGCAUCCUCACCCUCCAGCAAACCAAGCCCAGCGCGGCCUAA